AUGCCAUUAUUCAAUCAAUUUUUCUCUAAACUUGUUGCCCUGUUUGGUGGCCAAGUUUCUCAAGACCAUUUAAGAUUAACCUUCUCAUUAUUAAUCGCUUAUCCGAUGGCUUUAGUAUACAAAAAUUUACCUACAAAUAGUCAAAAUCUCAAACAUCUUUUUUCAAUUUCUUUCGCAAUUUUUAUAUUAUUUGGUUUAAUGGAUUUGGCAAAAGCAUUUUGGAUCAUGUUAUUUAAUUCCGCUUUGACUUAUGGAAUAUUGUAUUUCGUCAAAGGUCCUUGGGGUCCAAAACUUGUUUUCUUAUUUGUUUUGGGACAUUUAAGUAUUAACCAUUUAUAUCGUCAAUGGAACAACAUAUCACUUGAACGUUAUGAUCCUACCGGUCCACAUAUGGUGUUGGUUAUGAAACUUACUUCUUUCGCCUUUAACAUUUAUGAUGGACGAAGGCCAAUUAAAGAACUUACUCCAAAUCAAAAGAGUAAAUUAAUUCCCUCAUUACCACCAUUGCUUGAAUUCCUAGGUUAUGUUUUCUUUUUUGGUGGAUUCUUGAUCGGUCCAUCUUUUGAUUUUAUGGAUUAUAGAAGAUUUGUCAAUAUGGAAAUGUAUCGAAUUGAUAAAACUGAUAAUGAAAAGAAUAAAUUCAUUAAAGAAGAUUAUAAAUUUUCUAAGCGAUCUUUAUACGUUAUACCUGAUGGUUCUAUUCCUGCUAUGGGAAAAUUGGUUACAGGAUUUUUUUUUAUUGUAUGUUUGGUCACGUUCGGUGGUAAAUAUCCUUAUGAUUGGACUUUGAGCGAAGAAUAUAAAAAUCUAUCGUUCUUUAAUAAAUUAUGGUAUGUUCAAAUGUCAAGUUUUUGCGCUAGAUUUAGAUAUUACGUUAUUUGGUUGCUUGCCGAAGGUUCUUGCAUUCUUUCGGGAAUUGGGUUUAAUGGUUAUGAUGAGAAUGGUAACGUUAAAUGGAAUCGAGUUACAAACAUUGAUGUUAUUGGGUAUGAAACAGCCGAUAAUAUUAGACAACUUCUAGAAUCUUGGAAUAUGAAUACAAAUAAAUGGUUGAAAAAUUAUGUGUACCUUAGAGUAACACCACCUGGUCAAAAACCAGGUUUCUUUUCAACUAUUAUCACAUUUGGAAUAAGCGCUGUAUGGCAUGGUUUUUACCCUGGAUACUAUUUGACUUUUAUUAGUGGUGCAUUUAUCCAAAAUCUUCAUCGAA